AUGAUGGAUCUACCGCUUGAUGACGAGACGCUGCAGCGUGUGUACGCCUGGAUCGACGAGAUCCCGCUUUCCCGGCCCAAGAAGAGCAUUGCUCGCGACUUUAGCGAUGGGAUACUAGCAGCAGAAGUAGUGGCCUUUUACUUCCCGAAGCUCGUGCAGAUGCACAACUACAGCGCAGCCAAUUCCAUCAAGCAGAAGCAAUACAACUGGAACACACUCAAUCGGAAAGUGUUCAGGAAGCUUCAUAUUUCUCUUUCGAAAGAGGAUGUCGAUGACCUGGUGCAGUGUCAAUCAGGCGCAAUAGAGCAUCUACUGGUGAAACUUCAAAUUAAGAUUGCCAAUUACCGUGAGAAGCGUCCGUCAUAUUCUUUAGUGCCUCAAGCGGUGAAUGAUAAUGUAGAUGAUACAAGCAGCGCUAUCUCCGGAAACACAGCAGUAGCUGGCACGGUGGCUAACGGAAGCCCUUUUGCUGGUAGCAACCGUGCGAUGCAACCUUCAGUUGACAAAUUCAGUGACUCGCGUGAGCUGUUGACACCAAUGCAAGAUUUAUCCAUGCAGGACGGCGGCGACAUGAGUAGAUACAUGGAAGCGCCAGUAGCACCGGUGCAUCCCAUGGAUUCAAUUGGGAAAUCAUACACAUCAAGCAGCGAGAGCUCAAAGAGCGAACACGCACGUCAAGAGCUGGCGGAGAAGGACAACGUCAUUGCAGAGCUUCGUGAGACCGUCCAAAUCCUGGAAAUGAAAGUGCAGAAACUCGAGCAACUUGUGCGACUCAAAGACGGAAAAGUUCAAACGCUUGUGGCCAAACUGCGCUCUCAAAAACCACAAAUAUGA